CCUCCACCCGUACACUAAUCCGCGUCAGUAUAAUUUCUCUCUCACUAAAUGGACAAUAGAUUUGUUUAUUUCUUUCAGUGAAUAUUUCUGUUUGGGUUACGAUUUUCUUGAAAUUAAACACCGCAUUACAUCUCCCUCUCAGUCUGCCACGACACUGACGAUUCCUGGGCUGGACCGCCUUUGAAUAGCAUCUUAUGGUAUUUUGUUCAAGAUGGCGGUUGCGAGCAUGGAAAAGGACGCGGUAAACACCGAAGAAGUUCUUCACCUUAACAAUUCAUUCGGAGAUGCUGGACUAAUCUCUCCCGAUAAAGAAGACAUCUCUCGUAUUCUGACAGUUCCUUUCAGUGGACGGAUCAGAGGUGGGAUGAGGCCUGGGAAGAAGAUCAUUGUCAUGGGCAUCAUUGAUCCAGAGCCAGACAGCUUUGAAAUCAUUUUGACAUGUGGCCACAUUGAUGAGAAGGAUGAUGAGGAGCUUGCUGAUGUGGCUCUCAAACUCAGCGCACGAUUUACUGACAGACAGUUCUUGAGGAAUGCACGAGUUUCGGGGAAAUGGAGUGAGGAGGAGGCAGCCAUAGCUUACUUCCCCUUCAUUCCGGACCAACCUUUCAGGAUUGAGAUCCAUUGCGAGCACCAGCGGUUUAGGAUCUUUGUGGAUGGACACCAGCUGUUUGACUUUUAUCACAAAGUAAAGUCUUUGCUGGCCAUUAAUAUGAUCAGGAUAGAUGGGAGUCUUCAGAUCACUAAGCUGGGCUAA